AUGAGUCAAUUCAAAAUUUCAGAGGAGUGGAUGUUACCUCUAAGGAGUUUGAAUGUUGCUUUGGAGAUCCGUCUGGUAGGGCGGUCGAUGGGUGGGACCAUUCGGCAAGUUGCUGAAAUUAUUUUGCCCAGAUCUUCUGGCCGACCUCCCCCGUUGCUGCCUUCUUUGGAUAUAAAUGGAAGGGGCUCAAGUGCUCGGCUUGUUGUUUUCUUUGAUGUGAAGCACCAAACUGAGCCUGAGGGCACUCCAAAAACUGGGGAGAAACGUUCAACCCCUUCUGGAGCGUCUGCCCCUUCUCCUGCCCGGAAGAGACCCAGAACUGCUGCCAGGCCUUCUCCACCUCUUCCUCCUAUUGGGAAAGGGAAGGGCGUUUCUGCUGUCCCUUCGUCAUCCCCUACCGUCGACGUUCUAGAUCCGUCAGCUAUUACCUCUGAAUCUCCGGCCAGUGCCGUUGCCGCUCUUCUCAGGAAGCGAAUGUUCAGCGGAGCAACAGAGGCUUCGGAUCCUCGCCUUCUGGCUCUGACUGGCCAUCUGGCCAGUUCGACUAAAGAGCAGGUGUCCUUCCGGUCUCGCUCUCGUGAGGAGCUCGGAUCCACCAUUAGAGAAAUGCUCCUGAUGGUGACAGGUCUUUUUAUGGAAGUUGAUGCUCGCGACCACUCUCUCCGGGAGUCCGUGGAUCGCCAGAUCGAAGAGGCGCGACGCGAUGAGAACCUGACUGCCACCAGCGACGCAAGAGGUCACCUGGCAGCCGCCCGGGAGCAGAUCCAGACUCUCCAGGUGGAGUUACAUUCUGCACGGGAAGCCACUAAAAAGGCUGAAGACAAAGCGGCUGAGGCAGCAGAGCACAGCAAAUCCCUGGAAUCAGAGCUGUCCCGUACUUGCGGGAUUCUCCAGGAGACUGACAAGAGGGCAGCUGAAGUGGAAGCUCGUUGUGUAGAGGCCGCUUCCUCCAAGAAGGUCAGCCGUCCUCCUGUCAAAGCUUCUUCUCGAUCUUCCAAGCCGAGCUCCCGCAGCUCCAAGUCAGUUCGGCCAUCUAACCGUGAUGGGUCGAGCUCAACUUCGACGCCUGCGGAAGGAUCCAGGGAGACUUCCUUAGCUAUUGUGGAGCAGGCCCAAGCUACUGGACAAGUGGGGCAAGAUGUUGCCCAUUCUGCUGAAGAGGUGUUAGGGGGAAAAACUGAGCCUGAGGGCACUCCAAAAACUGGGGAGAAACGUUCAACCCCUUCUGGAGCGUCUGCCCCUUCUCCUGCCCGGAAGAGACCCAGAACUGCUGCCAGGCCUUCUCCACCUCUUCCUCCUAUUGGGAAAGGGAAGGGCGUUUCUGCUGUCCCUUCGUCAUCCCCUACCGUCGACGUUCUAGAUCCGUCAGCUAUUACCUCUGAAUCUCCGGCCAGUGCCGUUGCCGCUCUUCUCAGGAAGCGAAUGUUCAGCGGAGCAACAGAGGCUUCGGAUCCUCGCCUUCUGGCUCUGACUGGCCAUCUGGCCAGUUCGACUAAAGAGCAGGUGUCCUUCCGGUCUCGCUCUCGUGAGGAGCUCGGAUCCACCAUUAGAGAAAUGCUCCUGAUGGUGACAGGUCUUUUUAUGGAAGUUGAUGCUCGCGACCACUCUCUCCGGGAGUCCGUGGAUCGCCAGAUCGAAGAGGCGCGACGCGAUGAGAACCUGACUGCCACCAGCGACGCAAGAGGUCACCUGGCAGCCGCCCGGGAGCAGAUCCAGACUCUCCAGGUGGAGUUACAUUCUGCACGGGAAGCCACUAAAAAGGCUGAAGACAAAGCGGCUGAGGCAGCAGAGCACAGCAAAUCCCUGGAAUCAGAGCUGUCCCCGGCCCUUCAGGAGAGGGAUGAUGCUAUUGGCCAGAAAGCUGAAGUCCAGCGCCAAUAUGAGGCCUUAAAGGCUGAUUUCGAAAGACUUCAAGCUUACCUGGAUGAGGUGAAAGCUCAGAAGGGAGGUGCCCUAGCCCGGGUGGAGGUCCUUGAGCAGGAAUUGGGUGCAAGUUCUCUUCGCAAGCGAGAAGUGGACUCAGAUGGUGAGUCAGUGCUGUAUGGGGAGGAUGAUUUCCCUAUGCCUCGAGGAGAUUCCCGGAGGAACCGAGAUCGGCCAGCUGAGUCUUGUUCAGAGGAAUCCGAGCUAGGGUCGGAGGAAGACGACUCUGAUUCUGUGAAAGAGAGCCUUCACCCUGGGUCAGAUGUUGCUCCUGUCAUUAAUGUUGCGAGCUCUGGCCCAAGGGACACCGAGCUUCCUUCUGAGGGGGCUGUAAUUAGAGAUAAUGUAGGUGAGGGUGUUCUCACUGGUGUAAGUCCUUUAAGGGCUAUUUAUCCUCCCACCUUGCCGGAGGGAUAA